CACUUAAAGGGAAGAUUCGUUAAGUUCCAUCAUGUCACCUUCUGGGUUGGGAAUGCAAAACAGGCCGCCUCCUUCUACUGCGAUAAGAUGGGCUUCGAGCCCCUGGCAUACAAAGGUUUGGAGACUGGCAGCCGCGAGGUGGUGUAUCACGCCAUCAAACAAGAUAAGAUUAUAUUUGUGUUUGCAUCACCUCUAAAUCCUGGAAAUGAAGAGAUGGGAGAGCACAUGAUGAAGCAUGGAGACGGAGUCAAAGACAUCGCUUUCCAAGUGGAGGACCUCGACUUCCUGAUCAAGACAGCGAAGGAGCGAGGGGCCGCCAUCGUCAGGGAGCCCUGGGUGGAGCAGGACAGCCACGGGAAGGUCAAGUACGCCAUGCUUCAGACGUAUGGAGACACAACACACACACUCAUUGAGUACCUCGGACCCUACAAAGGCCUUUUCCUGCCGAGCUACAAAGAGCCUCUGUUCAGGGAUCCUCUGCUGGCCAAACUUCCACCAACAGGUUUGAACUUCAUCGAUCACAUUGUGGGAAACCAGCCAGAUGACCAAAUGGUGCCAGUUUCAGAUUGGUAUCAGAAAUGUUUGCUUUUCCACCGGUUCUGGUCGAUAGACGACAAGCAGAUUCACACACAGUACAGCGCGCUGAGGUCCAUAGUGGUGACCAACUAUGAGGAGACCAUUAAGAUGCCCAUCAAUGAGCCGGCCAUGGGCAAGAAGAAGUCACAAAUCCAGGAAUACGUGGACUAUAAUGGAGGACCAGGAGUUCAGCACAUCGCCCUCAACACGUCAAACAUUAUUGAAUCUAUCAAGAACCUGCACGCCCGCGGGAUGGAGUUCCUCCAAGCACCUGACACCUACUACGACACCCUGCGGGCCAAACUGAAAACCGCUAAAAUCAAGGUGAAGGAGGACCUGGACACCUUACAGAAACUAAAGAUCUUGGUUGAUUUUGAUGACAAUGGCUACCUUCUCCAAAUUUUCACCAAGCCAGUGCAGGACAGACCCACACUGUUCCUGGAGGUCAUUCAGAGGCAUAACCACUUUGGCUUCGGGGCAGGAAACUUCAAGUCUCUCUUUGAGGCCAUUGAGAAGGACCAAGACGCCAGGGGCAACCUGACUGUGCUGACACCCACGGGGCAGGACAAAGCCUUCUACUGAUCCCAAAACCACUGAGACUCCCAAACAUGGCUGCACAUUUCAGAGGCAUCAGACACAUCUGUCUUCUCGAGACAAGCUGCGAGAAGCACCCAGUGUGCUUCAGGUUGUCAGUAGAUCUUAUGUAGUGUAUGGUUAAAUAAAGAAACC